AUGUCUUCAAAAUCUACUUUAACUCGUUCUAAAUCAAUCGGAUCAUUGCAUGUUGGCAAUUAUGAAAUAAAAUGUCGUCGUUUUUGUGGUUAUUAUCAUGAUAAUCAUACACAAAGCGAGUCGUCACUUGAUGUUUGUGUUAUUAUGGAAAACCGUUCAGAUGAUUCAUCUGUUGAAGAUAAGUUGGAUGCUGGAGACACGUCUAAAGCUAGUGAUGAAGGUUUGUCAGUGCUGGAACGAAAAAUAACUAAACUUACUGAUAUUCUAAACGAACAACAUAGCUUGCUUAAGUGUUUGAAAGAAGAAUUAAUGACUUCCAAAAAUGCGUUGAGCACGUUCACGGCGUCGGAGAAACCAGAUUUGCUUAGAGAGGCUGCUCAAACACUUGAAGAUUUAAAGGAACUUGUCUCUGGAUCUUAUGAUUUUGAGAUACAAAAUAGUGAAGCACAAAAUCUCUUGGAUGCCAUAGAAAGGUCGCAAGUACAACGCACUGAUCGAGAGAUUAGAGAUGUUCUCAACAAGUUUUUGCAAAGUGACGACCUCAAAGAUCGAAUAGCAACAGCCACAGCAGAAAGUGUCAAGGAGGUCAUACGUAGCAGCUUCUCGGAGACCUUCCCCGCUGCAUACUUGCCCGUGCUCGAGCAUUCUCAUCGCAGACUGCUCAGACAUGUCACUAGGACUUUGGAAAACGCUUUUAAUGAGCUUGAAGCUGGAUCAGAAGGCUUAUUCAAAUCAGUACACCGUACAUCACGUUCUCUGCGCAUAGCGUUGGAGAAACAUCAAGCUCUGUUGGACACGAACAAAACUGGAAGCAUCUUCGAUAAUUUCCAGAAUUCUUUAGAAUUGAUUCUGAAAAACGAACUCAAGGAGUGGCGAGAAAAGUUAGUCAGCUUGUUAUUGCCGGAACCGCAAAUAGAAAAUAACAGUAAUUCACAAAAUGGAGAUUUAGAUCUCCAAAUUAAUAAUACCUCGUACUCAGCCAGCAGUCCUCCGCAACCAGCUGACCCUGAACGAUCUAUUAUAGAUCAAUUAAUGAAAUCAGCAGAAAUUAGUAAACGAAUCAAAGAAGGUGAUAUAAAUAAGUCUUUCGAGGAAGCUUUAUCCUCGUCAGAUCUGUCUCUUGUGGUGGCAGCAUGCAAGGCCGCUGAUCCAGCUCAGAUAUUCACUCCACCGUGUAGUCUUCAGCAAUCAGUGCUCUUAUCUCUCAUACAACAACUCGCUACUGAUAUGGUGCAUGACACACAGCUAAAGUGCAGAUACUUAGAAGAAGCAAUAAUAAAUCUGAAUCCAACAGAUCAAGCCACUCGUACGCAUCUACCUUUGGUAGUUGGAGAAGUUCAGAAGCAUCUCUCAAAAUUUAUUCAAUGGUAUCCAUGUCAUGUCGCGAUGUUUUUAUUAACGCCCAAUAUUUCGCUGUGUGCUUCGGCGGCUGUGCAUAGCCACAGCGUGGAUACUCCAGAACGUGAGUCGGACGGCGCUUACCGGCCGCGAGAUUACGACCACUACACGAAUGCCGGGCAUAACGUGGAGUUUGAUCACGAAGCGAUUUUAGGUAGCGUGAAGGAAGCUGAAGAAUAUGACAGGCAAAGCCCUGAGGAGUCGAAAAAGCGACUGUCUCUGCUGCUGCCCAAAAUGGACCUAAAUAGUGACUCAUUUAUUGACCGAACAGAGUUAAAGAAGUGGAUCUUAAAUUCAUUUACAAACCUCUCGAAGGAAGAGGCAGAGGAGCGCAUGUCGGAAGCAGACGACAACAGAGAUGGUAUUGUGACGUGGGCUGAGUAUUUGAAAGAUGCAUUUGGUGUUGAUGGUGAAGAGGAGAUUGGUCCUGACGAUACAGGAGAUACCGGAUUGCUGGUACGCGAGGAGAAGGCGAUGUGGCUAGUGGCAGACAUGAAUGGUGACGGGAAUCUCAAUUUUGAGGAAUUUUCGAUAUUCACGAGCCCCGAGGAGCACCCGGUGAUGCACCCGUUCCUCGUGAACCAGACGCUGCGCGAGAAGGACACCAACGGGGACGGAGUCGUUGACUUCCACGAGUAUGUGGGGGAUAGAGGGUCUCAGCAGGACAAGGAGUGGCUAAUAUCGGAGCGCGACAAGUUCGAGCACGAGCUGGACGCGGACCGCGACGGCGCGCUCGACGCCGACGAGCUGCGGCGCUGGCUCGUGCCCGACAACGAAGAGAUAGCUCUAGAAGAGGUGGACCAUCUGUUCGCGUCUGCGGACGACGACAACGACGGCCUGCUCUCGUACGAUGAGGUCCUCGAACACCACUACGUGUUCGUCGGCAGCGAGGCCGGCUACGGCGACGGCGACCGGUUCGAUGACGAGCUG